CCUCGCUCGUCUCCUUACGACCAAGUAGUUUGUAAACGGCUUCUGCUAAGACACAGUUCCUUAUUAGGAUGCCUGCUUCAGCUGCGACAAAGAGACGCUACGCAACGGCGCAGGACAGCUGUCAAAACUGCAGAAAUGCUGCGCGUUGGUGCGACAUCAGGAAACCAUCCUGUGGGCAGUGUAUUGCGAGAGCUGAGGGAUGUCCAUAUUCCACGGCCGCGCGACGGCAGAUUUAUCCAGAUCACGCCGAACAAGAACAACCCUCUACUCCAAUUGAUUCUCUAUCACUACGAGAAUCAACAGCACGAGAACCGCCAGCGCUAGGAGAUGUACAGCCCCCCUCUCAAUCACCUUCGGCCUCGCAGAUUCCAACUGCUUCAUCAAUGCCAUUCCCCGAACUGUUCGAACAGAACAUGAAAGUACUAUCUCAGCAAGCAACAACGAAUCUCCGGGAACUAGAAGAGGAAGUUUCAACUUUGCAGCGACAGCUUCAACUCUGCGAAACACAGAGGCAGGCUGCGGUGGACGAGGUAAGGGAGUCCAAAGCGAAAUUUGAAAUUUUGGAAACAGAGUACAAAAUGUGGCAAGUAGAGGGAAUGCAAAGAAUUCAAAGGGCACAAGCGACAGAGGCACAUGCCCGUGAACAACUUCAACAGGUGAAAUUUGAAUUCGAGGGUCUUUAUCAGCGUUUGUACUCCGGGAUGCACUACCCAACUGGAGACGUUUCUAUCACCGCAAUGCAACCCUUCAUUCCACAACCUGCCACGAGACAGUCGAACAUGGAUUUUCCCGCGCCUGAUGGACACAAUGACACGACCCAAGUAAGGAUCUGAGUUCAUCCGAGUAUGUAGCUCUUGUAUUUUCCUUUGGCGGAAAUUUGUUUGUUCGCUACUAUUGUUCGUUUGCUUAGUCCAGAGGGCAAGGUGAACUGUAAAGUCUUAUCAAUUCAAAUU